AUGAAAGAAGACAAGUCCAGCCAAAAUCCUGCAUUUAAAGACCAGAAGGAACCAGCAGCGUCUGGGCAACUACACCCGACUUCUUCCAGCACGUCGCGGUCAGGCAGUCUCAAGAUCCUAUUGGCCGCUGUCCUUCUCUCUUUUGUCGCUUUCUACGUCAACAUGUCGCCGAAAACUCUACCGGAAACCUACGCGCUGUGCUCCAAGGAGGGAAAGCAGAUUUACACGGUGGACGACAACGACACGUCGGUGGAGUGUGUUCUCGUAAAGGGGUCGUAUGUCGUGGAUUCUGGGGAUUUAGCGAAGGUUCAGAAGAGAUCGGACGACACCAUUGGUCAGGCCUCGUUCCCAGUUUACUAUGUCCCCAGCGGUUCCAUCGUUCUUCCUGGCUUAAGCGACUCACAUUGCCAUAUCCUCGAGCACGGAGCCAGCCUCCAAAUCCCCCUCUCUGAGGGUAAGACAGUCGAAGAAACCGUAUCACUCGUGAGAGCGUACGUCCUCGCCAACCCAGAUCUCGAGAAGAACACAUCCAGCGUGAUUGAGGGCUGGGGGUGGGACCACGCCUCGUGGGACGUCGAGAAGCUUCCAUCGUGGCGAGACCUCGAGGCGAACAGUGUUGUCGCAGGCCGGCCUGUGAUUUUGCAGAGUAGGGAUGGGCAUGCCGUGUGGGUGUCGAAGCGCGCUCUAGAUGCCAACGCACCGUACCCUGAGACCGUAGAAGGUGGUAUCAUCGUGCGAGACGAGGAUGGCGAGCCAACGGGCGUAUUCAUAGACAGUGCUCAAGAUCUGAUAUAUCGGCCUCCACCCACAGACGAGGUGUUGUCUCGCCGCUUCGAAAUCACGGUCAGAAACGCGCUAGCCGUCGGCCUAACCUCGCUGCACGACGCGGGCUUCAAGCCAGACUCGCUCGCCUUCUUCCGCCGUCAAGUGGAGAAAGGGACUCUCCCGAUUCGGAUAUAUGGAAUGACCUUCUUCGACGAGUACGGCUCGUACUGGGGCGAUCAAGUAUCUCCGCUCGUGGGUGCUGGAGACGAUCGUUUGAGCUCUCGGAGCGUCAAGGUUUUUGCAGAUGGCGCUUUGCGGACAGGUGGCGCCGCGCUCUACGAGCCCUACGCAGAUAACCCGUCUACAAAUGGGGUAAUGCGCAUCUCGCCGGAGGUCUUGAAGAAGGUCAUUCCCCGAUUUUUGAAAGACGGCUGGCAGGUCAACGUGCACGCCAUCGGCGAUCGGGCGAAUGGCAUCGUCCUGGACGCGUUCGCGGAGGCCCUCAAGGGGGUCAACGUCAGUGCGCUCCGACCUCGCCUUGAACACGCCCAGAUCAUGACCAAAGCAGAUAUGGCGAGGCUCGGCGAUCUUGGAGUCAUCGCGAGCAUCCAGCCGACACACGCCAUAAGCGACAUGUGGUACGCCCAAGACCGACUCGGCCCAGAACGCGUCAAGGGUCUGUACGCGUUCCGUACACUGAUCGAAAGCGGCGCGCGCAUCACGCUGGGGUCCGACUUCCCCGUCGAGGUGAUCAACCCGCUCAAGGGGUUCUACGCUGCCAUUACGCGCCUCGCGACGGAUGGGACGUCGCCCCACGGGCCAGGGGGUUGGUUCCCAGACCAGCGCCUGACCCGCCUCGAGGCACUUCGCGGUAUGACAAUCGACCCCGCGUACGCGUCUUUCACGGAGGGUAUCCUAGGAAGCCUGGAACCAGGGAAACGAGCGGAUUAUGUUGUUCUCUCGCAGGACAUCAUGUCAGUUCCUCCGGAGAGGAUCAUGGAGACCAAGGUUCUUGCUACUGCUAUAGAUGGGCGUAUUGUUUUUGGUGGGCUUUGA